CUGGUCGUACCUUUGUGCAGAUACGUGCCGGAAAAUGCCGGUGUGAGUGUGCCCUAAGAACUCGCAGCAGCUAUGGCGGAUGCCAUCCAAGUGCGUUUGCUAGGGACAGAGGGUACGACUGCCCUAACUGUACGAGGAUUGACCACGUUCCAUGAACGCGAGUGGGGGACCUCUUCUUCAAGCCGCACUUUUACCGGAAGGCGCGCUUUGGGGUUGCCAUCGACGUUGUCAUCAUCACUUUUUUUCACCAUAUCCCCAUCAUCGUCAUUAUCACCUUCCUCAUUGCUAACUUCAUUGUCACGGUCAUCAUCGUCAUCGUCGUCAUCAUUCUUGUCGCCGUUGCGGCUAUGGCGGCUUCGGGCAUGCCGGCGCCGUCUUCAUCAUCAACAUACUAGUAAUUACGGCCAUGCGUGGGUUGUAAGUACCCCACCACCGUACACGUGGAGCGAUCCCGGCCUGUGCAGACUACCUGAUGACGUGUCACGAUCACAGACGUCGUCGCAUCCGGCCACGUCAGCACUAUCAUCAUCAUUGUCGCCGUCAUUAUCAGGUGCGUGCCAGUCUGGCGUGCAGUGGGGCGAGAGACGAGAAUGGUGUGGGGGAGGGAGGAGGAGUAGGCAGCGGCAGCGGCGGCAGCCGCGUGCCUCGUCGGGAGAUGGUGACAACGGUAAUUCUUCAUCAUUAGGGAAUAUGGAAAGACCGAUCUCGAUCCCGACCCCCCCGUCGUCCGUACCGCCGCCGGCACCGUCGUCCGACAUGUCAUCUUCUUCCAGAUUGUCGUCGUCUGACGAGUCCACGUCAGCAAAACCGGAUCCCGACAGAGCGACAACGAUGGCCGCAAUGGUGUCUGACGUGGCCGCUAAGGUCGGUCGCGCACUAUGGGGGCGGGGAUUGCCGCCUUCGCUGAUGGUCGACGCAGCAUCGGCCACGUGGGCUACGGCUUGGCGCGUAAUGAUGUCCCAGCUGGCCCCGAGCAAACCGGACGGCUCGUACAGCCGCCCGGACUACGUGUUCCGUUCCAGGAUCAAACGCGGGACCAGGUUCGAACCAGAGGCGGGAAGGUACCAUCUCUACGCUGCGCUGACGUGUCCAUGGGCCCACAGAGUGCUCAUCGUGCGUGCAAUCAAGGGACUGGAAGAAGCGAUCCCUGUCUCCAUUCUCACACCCGGACCGGGAGGUUUAUGGGCGUUCCAAUCUUCUGUUCCUGGUCCACAAACCCCGGGAACCCUCCGGUUAAACCCCGAACCUGGUCCAAUUACCGGACCUAAUCUCCACGUCAAAACGCCUCCUCACGCUAACCCCGGUUCGAACCCGAACCUGGCUGUUCCUCCUGGCUCAACGAAGGCGUCGGACCUCAGUCUUUCUCCUUCUGGAGGGCCUGGAUUCGCUGCUGAACUUACUACUAGUUCAGCGAUGGCGGCGGCGGCCGCGGCCGCGGCGGCUGCUGGUGGUGGUCCUGGUCCCGAUCCCGGUCCCGAUCAUGCGCUCUCCGGUGGUGCCGGCGGCGCGCAACGUAUUGUCCCCUCCGUUGACCGAAUUAACGGUUGCAAACGCCUGAUCGACGUGUAUCGUCUGCGGAAGGGUGGGUUCUCCGGACGUGCCACUGUGCCUAUGCUCUGGGACUGCCGAGAAUUUGAUGUCGUCAACAACGAGAGCUCGGAAAUUAUCGAAAUUUUAAAUGACGAGUUCAACGAGUGGGCACGUGCGCCUGAUCGGGAUCUCAACCCGGUCCACUUGCGCAAAGAAAUGAGCCAGUGGAAUGACUUAAUUUAUGAGAACGUCAACAAUGGCGUGUACAAAUGCGGUUUUGCGACGUCGCAGAGAGCGUACGAGGCAGCCGUUGAUACCCUCUUCUCCACGCUGGAUCGGCUUGAUGGCCAUCUGGCCACGAAUCGGUACCUGUGUGGGGACCACCUCACCUUGGCUGACGUCAGACUCUUCACCACGCUCAUCAGGUUUGACUCGGUGUAUUCUAUUAUUUUUAAAUGCACCCGCCAGCGGAUUACCGACUACGAAAACCUCUCGGAGUAUGUAAGAGACAUUUAUCAGAUCCCUGGAGUUGCAUCAACCUGCAAUGUGCCUCUUGUACAGUUGGAGUACUUCAGUCAAUUGUUUCCCUUGAACCCUGGAGGAAUUGUUCCCGUAAUGCCAAGGCGAUCAGAAGAGGCAUGGCUUUCGAUGCCACAUUCCCGACUUUCGCUUGUAAAAGACAUGACUGUGCCAUGAUUGUAAAGGAAGCAACUUUCACUUGGAGGAAAUCGCAGUUUCGUGGAAUCUAUCUGGUGGAUUUGAACUCUAGUGUCCAGAUAUGUGUAUGUAAUAUGUAUUAUUCAGCCAGCCUUCAGGUACUACGGAGGCAAAUCCUUUGAGGUUGGAUUUGUUUUUUUUUUUUUUUUUUUUAAGCUGCCUUCUCUGCGUCGGGGGACAGCCAUAAAAUUUUCUCUCGCCGCACCUAUUUUCGCCCCUUUUCUGCCCCCGCAAUUCCCUGCUAACCCUGUUCACCCACACAACGACAAUCUCUUCCCACCCUCGUUAACCAACCCAUUAUUGAGCUAGACCCCUACAGGUUUCUGUAGGGGUUGGAACCGGAUGGCUGACACUGUGUGCAGUGUAUAGUUAUUUGCUAGGGACUAUAGCAUGGACAUGUAAUGCCUAUGCCUUGUUAGGAGUUAUGUAUAGUCAUGCUAUAUUGGCUAGUGGCUAUUAGCUAUUGGAUAUAGUUUAUAGUGCAGAGCAUGUACAGCUAGCAGGUCUAGACUGUAGCCCAGUUAAAUUUUUUAACCCUGUGACUGAAUGCUGAAGAAUAACCUGUAACCUAUAACCUACAGCCUUAGCCUAUAGUCUAUAGGCUAUACAGGUAUAGGCUAUAGUCUAUAGGCUAUACAGCUGUAGAGUUAUGUCCUAUAUGCUAUACCCCCAUUAGGCACCAUAGUCAUGUCCUCUUGCAUGUAGUCUAUAGGCUGUGGCUUGUACCAUGUGAUCAUUUGUCCUAAGUUGUCUGAUGAAAACAUAAGUAUGUUCUGAUUUUCCUCGAACAAUAGGACCAGCGUGUAUAUCCUCCUAUAACACGCGAGCUAUAGCGUAUAGCAGGUUGGCAGGCAGAUUCAUGUCGUGUUAGCAGCAGUUAGCCGAUGUUUUUUUAGCCCACAGCAUAGCUGAAUGAUAACUAAAUAGUAAAUAGCAUUAUUAGAU